ACACAAUGGAUGUAAGGGUUGUGAUCUACACGUUGUUGGAGGUGCUCAUUGCGGUCAGCUGCUGUCUUGGUAAUAUGUUGGUUAUUUUGGCACUGUGGACCAGUAAAAGCAUUCAACAACCUACCUUCUGCCUUAUUGUCUGUCUGGCUGUGGCUGACUUGAUGGUUGGCUGUGUGGCCAUACCGUUGGCUGUGCUGGUGGACGGACGAGUCAAGACUUCAUUCUAUGGCUGUCUCUUCAUCAGCUGUGUGGUCAUCCUGUUGACCCUGGUCUCAGUUUUGUCUCUUGCUGCUAUUGCGGUGGACCGAUUCUUCCGGGUCUAUAUCCCUGUCAGGUACAAAAGGACUGUAACACAGACACAUUCUUGGCUCGCGGUAGCAGCAUGUUGCCUUGUUGCAAUACCACUGAGUUUUGCUCCCAUGCUUGGAUGGCACAACCACGAAUCUUUGCCCAACUCAGUCAACUCUACUUUUGUCUGCCAGUUUAUAUCAGUGAUCCCAAUGUCAUAUCUGGUUUACUUCAACUUUUUUCUUUGUACCCUGACACCCCUGUUGGUGAUGACUGUUUUGUAUGGGUAUGUCUUCUGUACUAUACGAGGAAACCUUCAACAGAAACCAGGUAAUGGUGUCCAAAAACAGUCUCAGAACUACCUAAGGAAAGAGAAACAGCUGGCAGCAUCUUUGUCUCUGGUCUUGGCUCUGUUUGCCCUGGCCUGGCUCCCUCUCCACAUAAUGAACUGCAUUGUUUACUUUGGUGGACCGAAUGAUGUACCAGAAAUGGCCUUCUACGUUGGCAUCCUGCUUUCUCACGCUAACUCAGCUGUAAACCCAGUUGUGUAUGCUUUCAAAAUACAAAAGAUCAGGACAGCAUACCUGAAGAUCUGGAGACGGUAUAUUGUACAUGGAGAAGAAAAUCAAGGAUCUCAGACAAGCCAGAUGACAAACAACAAUCUCAGUAGUAACAUUAACAGUUGUCAAAAAUGAGUGAAAGAAGAUUUUCCUUGUUUUUGUGCUUCUUUGUUCUUAAUGGCUAUAUGACUAUACAGGCACUUUGUUUAAUUAUAAGAUUGAUACAACAUUUUCUUUAACUCAUCAGUAUGUUUUUUAAUUAGCUGUCUCAUAUUUUUUAUUAUUAAUAGAAAUUCAGUUGAAGGUCAUAUUUUGUAAUGUAGUUAGAUAGAUAUGCUAUCAAAUACUUAAUUUAUUUUUAUAGGUUUGUUGUUAGCUCUGUCAUAGUUGAGCCCAAUGCUCAGUUUUAAAAUGUCCUUUUAGCUAUAUUCAGUUUUGCAUUUUUUCUUCUGUACAUAUAUUUUUGCGAGAAUUUAGUUCGGUCUACUAUUGAUAGGUGUGUAUACAGUUUCCACGGCUGUCAGUGUUUAAGCUAAGCUGAGCUAAAUACUCCCUGUAUACUUUACUAUCUCUAUAUUGGAUGCACAAGAUGAUCAAUAUUCUCAUCUGUCUCACAGUAAAACAAACAAGUGGACUGAAAUUUGUUCUAUUAAAGACGUAGUUUAGCUGUCUCAUGUUUUUAUUAGUUGAUUAGGUUUGUUGUUAGCUCUGUCAUAGUUGAGCCCAAUGCUCAUUUUA